UCCAUAUCAAAUAGGCAAACACAUGGAAUGUUAUUACCAACUCCGUUCCCUCGCAUUACUUAUUUCCCCGUCUCCUUGGUUUCAGAUCAUCUCCGUAAUGGCGGCCAUAGCGACGGCGGUAUGCUUCUCCUCCUUCCUUCUCUCUCUUUUCUUACUCUUCGGCCACCGGCAGAUCCACGCGGUCAGCGCUGACGCAUCGACGGCGGCGAAUCCGUUCACCGUUCGGGCGGCCCUGAUCCGUUACUGGAACCGCAAGGUGCCGACCAACCGCCCGCAACCCGCCUUCAUCCUCGACAAACUCUCCCCGCUCUCCGCCCUCGACUCCGCGACCUACUCCUCCCUCGCCGCCGCCGACCCCGCCGCCCUCUCCUCCCGCCUCAGUGACCUCUGCGCCGCCGCGCGCCUCCUCUGCAACCCGGAAGAUACCAAUACCUACUCCGACGCCGCCCGAAAGGACGACUCCUCCGCCUUUGGCUCCUACCAGAACUCCAACUUCUCCGACUACGGCUCCGGCGCAAAAGGAGGAAGCAAUGGGUUCAGUCACUACUCCGACGACCUUAACGUCGCCGUCGACUCCUUCCGACGCUACAGCCGCGGCUCCAUCGGGCACAACGACUCCUUCGCCUCAUAUGCUGAGGGCGGAAACGUCGUCACGGCCAACUUCACCAGCUAUGCUUCCUCUUCCGCCGGAGGCGCCGGCGGCUUCGACUCCUACGACCACGAAGCCAACGUGCCGGACCUCAAGUUCAGCAACUACGAUGCCGACGCCACCGCUCGGAAACGCUCGUUCUCAAGCUACUCCGACGCUGCCAACGCCGGGGAUCAGUCCUUCACCGGAUACGGCAAGCGCGGAGCCGACGUGCCCACCACCUUCAAAGGCUACGCCACCGACUCCAACGUCCUUGGUUCCUCUUUCGACGGCUACGGCGAGAGCGCCAGCGGCGCCAACGAUUCCUUCGCCUCGUACGGGUUCAACGGGAAUGUGCCGGUGAACAACUUCCGGUCGUACGGAGAAGGCGGAAAAUCUGGGUCAGAAAGCUUCGCCAGCUACCGCGACCAGUCCAACACCGGCGACGACAGCUUCAGCUCCUACGCCAAGGGCGGCAACGCCGCCUCCGCCGAGUUCACCAACUAUGGCAACUCCUUCAACCCGGGGACCGACUCUUUCAAGGGCUACGCCGAGGGCUCCGGAAAGCACAAGGUCACCUUCAAGGGCUACGACAGCGACAACACCACAUUUAAAGCCUACGCCAGAUCGGGAAUCGAUUUCAAGACCUACCGCAACUCCUCCGUCAAUCCCUCCUUGGGUGCCCCCGCAGCCGCUCCCCUCCUCUCCCUCCACACCGGGAAGCCGGCAAACCGGUGGCUGGUGGAGCCGGGGAAGUUCUUCCGCGAACGCGAGCUACGGCGGGGGAGCGUGUUACCAAUGCCGGACAUCCGCGACAAGAUGCCGCCGCGGUCCUUCCUCCCGCGGUCAAUAUCCGGCCGGAUCCCGUUCUCCGUCGCCGACGUCCGUCGAAUUUUCGGGAUCCGGGAGGACACGGCGCUGGGGAAAGCGGUGGGCGAUACGGUGGCGGAGUGCGAGCGGGCACCGAGCCGCGGCGAGACGAAGCGGUGCGCCACCUCAGCGGAGGACGUGAUUGACUUCGCGGUGUCCGUACUGGGAAGCGACGUGGUGGCGCGGAGCACCGCCUCCACCGCGGGCUCCAAAGGCGACAUCCUCAUCGGAAAAGUAAGCGGGGUGAACGGCGGUAAGGUAACACGGUCCGUGUCGUGCCACCAGAGCCUCUUCCCUUACCUCGUCUACUACUGCCAUUCGGUGCCCAAGGUGCGGAUCUACGAGGCGGAGAUCUUGGCCGUCGAUUCCAAGGAGAAGAUCAACAACGGCGUUGCCAUCUGUCACCUCGACACGUCGGCGUGGAGCCCGUCCCACGGAGCCUUCGUAGCGCUGGGUUCCAAGCCAGGCCUGAUCGAGGCCUGCCAUUGGAUUUUCGAAGGCGACAUGACGUGGACGGUCGCAGACUAAUCACAUAUAAUAUAUCCAAUAUGCCUAUAGCGUAUAAUGAAGGUAUCCAGUGUUAGUUUUGUGAAGUAAAAGUUCUUGAUUAGUUCUUUUCUCCACAUUUUUUCCCUUUUCGUUUGAAAUCCUAUAAAUUUGCUCUCAUUGUUACGAUGUCAUGUCAUUGCUUCGGUCACGAAUCUGAAAUCCCGACUACAAAAUUUCUCUUUUA